AUGAAUCCUCGAAUCAGUGAAUCUUUGGAACGCAUUUCCCGACCCUACUUUCAAUGUCCCAAUUCCGGCCCAGGACGGCACCUACAUGGCCGAGACCCUAACCAACGACUUAGACAACAUGGAAUGUAAGUUUUGAUGGUUUUUUUAUAGUUGGGGAUAUUAGUCGUGGAAAAAAGUCCUGGGAAUUUCUCGCGGCCCCCAAACUCCGUCGCGCUCCGAAAAGUUGAUUUGUCGCGGGAAUCGCGCGCGACAAUAAGGCAAAAUCAACAAAAUUGCACUGUGCAAAUGCACUUUUCGGGUUCAUGCACAGUGCAGAGUCGCCGAAAAUUCCCAGGACUUUUUUCCGCGACUACUAUUAGGGAACUCUUCAGAUUGCUUGUUUUUGUGGUGGUUCUUCAAUUGAUUAUUUUAUUUUCAGAUAUUGGUCCAAGAUUUCUUCACUGCUUUUCGGAUGUAGAAUAAAAAAAAGAAAAAAAUAAAAAAAAGAAAAAAAUAAAGAAAAGAAAAAAAAAAAUAAAAAAAAGAAAAAAGAAAAAAAUAGAAAAAAAUACAAAAAAAGAAAAAAAAAAUUAUUUGUUUAAAGUUGCCCUUAUUUUUCCCUUGUAAUAUUAGAUUCCCUUAUCGUUUACCACCCAUUUGUAUCAAUGUAAGUUGUUAUUUCAUUCUUGAACUUAUCCUGGAUUUUUCUUAAGUUAAUGAUCUAUUUUUUCAGAAACCCAUCUCUCGAAUCAGUGAAUCUUUGGAACGCAUUUCCCGACCCUACUUUCAAUGUCCCAAUUCCGGCCCAGGACGGCACCUACAUGGCCGAGACCUUAACCAACGAUUUAGACAACAUGGAAUGUAAGUUUUGAGGGUUUUUUAUAGUUGGGAUAUUAGGGAACUCUUUGCAAGGGAAUGGACUUUAUGUGUAAAUCGAUUUUGGCUUGGGACCUAGUCAGAUCGAAAGGUGUGCAGAAGUCGAUUAUUCACUUGGGGGGAAAUCUCUGCGCGGGGCUUCAAAGCCGAGAAAAUUGGCUUCAAAGUUUGGACGAAAGUCAAAGGAUAGGGAUCCCGGAAAAGGAGCGUUAAAAAGUGUGAAGCAGUGUCCGAGUGGUCAGUGCGCUCGCUUUUUGCGCAAAAUGUUGCAAGUUCGAGUCUUUCCAAGCUCAAACCAUCAUUUAUCGUUUUUACUUUUGCUUUCUUCAUGCUAAUCCGGCUGUACAUUUAAAAAAGGGGUAUAGGUAAAAUUGUCUAAAAAAGUUAUGAAUGGAAGCAGAUUCGAACUUGCGACCUUUUGCGCAAAAAGCGAGCGCACUGACCACUCGGCCACUGAUUUACACUUUCUAUUGCCCCUUUUCCGGGAUCCCUAUCCUUUGAUUUUCGUCCAAACUUUGAAGCCGAUUUUCUCGACUUUGAAGCCCCGAGCAGAGAUUUCCCCCCAAGUGAAUAAUCGACUUCUGCACACCUUUCGAUCUGACUCGGUCCCAAGCCAAAAUCGAUUUACACAUAAAGUCCAUUCCCUCGUCAGAUUGUUGUCACUUGUUUUUCGAUGGUUCUUCAAUUGGUUUCUGUAUUUUCAGAUAUUGCUCCAAGAUUUCUUCACUGCUUUUCGGAUGUAAAAUAAAAAAAAAAGAAAAAAAAUUAAAAAAAAGAAAAAAAUAAAAAAAAAGAAAAAAAUAAAAAAAAAGAAAAUAAAAAAAAGAGAAAAAAAAAUAAAAAAAAAAGAAAAAGAAAAACAUAAAAAAAUAAGAAAAUAAAAAAAAUUUUUUUUAAGUAACCCGUAUCCUUCUCUUCUAAAUUUUACUCGCCUAAUAGUUUACCGCCCAUUUGUAUCAGUGUGAGUUGUUAUUUCAUUCUUGAACUUAUCCUGGAUUUUUCUUAAAUUAAUGAUCUAUUUUUUCAGAAACCCAGCUCUCGAAUCAGUGAAUCUUUGGAACGCAUUUCCCGACCCUACUUUCAAUGUCCCAAUUCCGGCCCAGGACGGCACCUACAUGGCCGAGACCUUAACCAACGAUUUACACAACAUGGAAUGUAAGGUUUGAUGGUUUUUUUAUAGUUGGGGAUAUUAGGGAACUCUUCAGAUUGUUCUCACUUGUUUUUUGGUUGUUCCUUAAUUGAUUAUUUUAUUUUCAGAUUUUCCUCCAAGAUUUCACUGCCGUAUCCAUAAUGUUUACCACCCAUUUUUUACUACGUAAGUUGUUGUUUCACCCUUGAUUUUACCCUGGAUUUUUGUCAAACUAAGGUCUAUAUUUUCAGAAACCUAAAGUUAGAAAAAAAAGUCGACAUCGCCUUCACUUACGCCACAUUCCCCGUUCCGUUUGCAACACUCAUCCUUCCCUCCCACUCGCACCGCACCCCUCCUCCAUUCCACUCCCACCACACUCCUCCCCCAUCCCACUCUCUCUUCAGAAUGUAAGUUUCGUGGUUUCUUGGUAGUUGGGGAAAUUAUGGAUAGCUUAAGAUUAUUGUCAACUCUUUUUUGAGGGUUCUUCAAUUUAUUCUUUUAAUUUGCAGAGAUCUCCAAGCCCCAUGUAACGGAUAACUUUAAAAAAAAUAAAAAAUAAGAAAAAAAAGAAAAAAAAUAUAAAAAAAUAGAAAAAAGAAUAAAAAAGAAAAAAAAAAAAAUAAAAAAAAAAAAAUAGAAAAUUAGAAAAAAGAUACCACUCCCACCACCCUCCUUUCCCUUUCCCUUUCCCUUUCCCUUUCCCUUUCCCUCCCACUCCCUCCCUUUCCCCCAAUCAUCAAAGCCUGCUUUGGUGAUUAAAGUAAGUUGUUUUUUCCCAAUUGUAGGCCUUUAUUUCUUGUUAUAAGUCCAGAUACUGCUCGUUCUACUUUUAAUCUUAUUUAUUUUCAUGGAAAUCAUUGAGAAUCCGUUUCUUGGAGCCCUGGAGAAGUUGGAGAAAUCAAUGGUGCCCUGGAGGUCUCCACCGCGGAAAGGGCAGAAAGGUAUGUCAAUUAGAGUGAUAAAUUAGGGCAUUGAGAUCUAUAAGGGAUGCUGCGAGCAUUUUAAGUGAAUAAGAGUUUAGUUUUGCAAAAAAAGCCCGUCAUCACGAUAUAUUUUUUGAAAGGUUACGGUAGAGAUAAGGGUUGUUUAAAGUCUGAUUUUUACUGCGGUGUGAACGGGUUACACCCAGGUUUAUAAGCUUAAAAAUAUAGCUAGGUGUCAUUUUUUUUUGAUUAUUAGGUACAUAUGAAAUGACAGGCGACUUAGAAGGUUACUUUUCUUGUGAUUUUUCGGAAGAAUUUUAGAAUUCUUUCUCUUUUUAGGGAGGUUUGAGGGAAUUAAAAUAUGUAAGGUGCAGUAAAAAGCAGUUUAUACGAAGUAAUGACUAGUUCUUGUCAUUAAUCAUGUCGUCAUGACGUUAUUGGGGUAUUUUUAUAUUGCUAAUGAGAUGAUUAACUUUCCUGUUUAAUUUCUCGCGUUUAAAUACAUUUUUCUUUCAGAAGUACGUCCAGUAUGGCCUUAUGGUUGAAGAGCAAGCUAGAGUGAAAGUGGAAAACAAGUUAUUUGCCGAGCCCUGGAAACGGUCGAUUCCUUGA